UGAAAUAUUCUCAGGCUUUUAAUCUUUUUGUCGCGUUGUUACUGGCUGUGAAAUAAUCAAGCUGUAGAGAAGUAGUACAAGACACGUUACUUUCACGCGUCAGCCCGGGGGGCCCUAGCUCUAUAUGUAUAGGGCACCCCCAACCCUCCGGCUCCUCUUGCAAGUUGCAACCCAGUGAACCCGCCCUCCAAUUAAUCCAGCUCUGUCACUCUCUUUCUCGCACCGCCAUGUCGACAAUGGCUGCAGGGGCCACCCUUUCCCUGCUGGUCCUCCUCCUAAUAACGUCCUCUUCCUCCUCAGGGGCAGCUUCCUCCCCUGGCGGCUCCUGCUCGGUGCCUCCGGACGGGGGCUCGACGCUGCGCAUCAUCCACGCGUUCGGCCCCUGCUCCCCGCUCCGCCCGGCGGCCCCGCUGCCCUCCUGGGCGGACUUCCUCUCCGCCUGCGGCUCCCCCGCCUGCUCGCAGGUCCCCGCCCCGUCCUGCAGCCCCGCCAACUCCUGCUCCUUCAACAUGAGCUACGGCGGCUCCUCCCUCCUCGCCGGCCUCGUCCAAGACUCCCUCUCCCUCGCCGCCGACGUCGUCCCCUCCUACACCUUCGGCUGCCUGCAGAGGGUCACCGGCAGCUCCGCCCCCCCGCAGGGCCUCCUCGGCCUCGGCCGCGGCCCGCUCUCCUUCCUCUCCCAAACCCAGAACCUCUACGGCGGCACCUUCUCCUACUGUCUGCCCAGCUUCAAGUCGCUCAACUUCUCCGGCACGCUCCGGCUGGGCCCCAAGGGCCAGCCGCAGCGCAUCAAGACCACCCCGCUCCUCGCCAACCCCCACCGCCCUUCCCUCUACUACGUCAACAUGACUGGCGUCCGCGUCGGCCGCCGCGUCCUGCCGAUCCCCCCCUCCGCCCUCGCCUUCGACCCCGCCACCGGCGCCGGCACCGUCGUCGACGCCGGCACCAUGUUCACGCGCCUGGCGCCGCCGGCGUACGCCGCGCUGCGGGACGAGUUCCGGCGGCGGGUCAGGGCCCCCCUCGCGCCGCCGCUGGGGGGCUUCGACACGUGCUACAACGUGAGCAUCGCGCCGGCGCCGGCGGUGACGUUCCUGUUCGACGGGGCCGCCGUGACGCUGCCGGAGGACAACGUGCUGAUCCACAGCACCGCCGGCACCAUCACCUGCCUCGCGAUGGCCGCGGCGCCCGACGGGCUGAACGCCGUGCUCAACGUCAUCGCCAACAUGCAGCAGCAGAACCACCGCGUGCUCUUCGACGUGCCCAACGCCCGCGUCGGAUUCGCACGCGAGAUGUGCACGUGAUGUGACCACCCAGCGAGCGAGCAGGAAAGGAAUUAAUCGAUCCUUGUUGUCUUGUUUGCUAUAACACUAAAUUGGUGUUAAUUAGUGUUGUUUUGUUAGUAGCUAGUGUGAUGCAUGCAUCUUUGGCUGUCUUAUUAAUUAGUUGUCUUCUGGUGGUGUGUGUUUCUCGUCUUUAAUUAUUUUCAUCGGAUGGUGUCUUUUUGGGUCAAAGUGUGACAACGAGUCGGGACGCUUGUACGGCGAAAGUUCUUUUUCCUUUUCCCUUUGCCACUAAUUAAGUACCGGUUAUUUCUUACUUUUUUUAUGUAUGGAAAAUCCACUAGUUUUGAGAUUUUACA